GGCGCUGCCAAAGCGCUUGAAGUAGAGUGCAUUCGAUCUUUGGACUUGGACAUGGUAGCCAAACUCCUUCGCUUCCUGGGGAUUGCGGCCCUCGCGUCGCUCGCGCUCGCCGCCUGCCCCAACAAGUGCUCGGGCCAUGGCACGUGCGGCCCCAACGACAUUUGCUCCUGCCAGCAGAACUGGGUGAACGCAGACUGCUCGGGGCGGCAAUGUCCUUUCACGCGCGCGUGGCAAGACACGCCGAUGUACUCGGACGACGCGCACUACUACGUCGAGUGUGGCGGGCGAGGGCAGUGCGACCGCGCGACCGGCAUCUGCAACUGCGAGGGCGACUUUACGGGCUCGGGCUGCCGCCGCUUGCGCUGCCCGGGCGACUGCAACGGUCACGGCACGUGCCUCUUCAUCGAAGAGCUUGCGGUACUUUCGAAGGACCCUCGCGUCGGUGGUAAGGCGGGCACGACGUAUACGCUGUGGGACCGUGAAAAGAUCCAAGGUUGCCAGUGCGACCCGGGUUGGGAAGGCCACAACUGCUUGAGCCGCGUGUGCCCCAAGGGCGACGAUCCGCUGACGGUGAACGACCCGGCGUACCCCGCGAUCACGCAAGUGGAAAUGAAGCAAGGGAUUGCCAUCUAUGGCACCGGGACAGUCUCGAUCAUCCUCAAGUACACGGACCCGUACGGCAACAUUUGGUCGACGAGCGCCAUUUCGGGUACGAAUGCUGACAUUUGCGCAAACAUCCAAACCGAACUGCGGAAGAUUCCGAACCUCGCCCUCUUCUCGACAACGCUCUCGGGCGAGGGCCAAGUCACUGUAUCGACAGAAAACAUCGACAUUUUCACGCGCUCGGCAUCGGAGCCGGCAGUUGGUACUUACAGUAUUGCCGAUGCAGACGUGCUCGACGCGACCCGGCAUUUUAAUUUGCUCGCUACGUGCGUCGUUUCGUUUCCGGCCGGCCCCGGAACCUCGGGGUACCAGUACCCGCUCACGUGCGACGUCGCAGCCCAUCCCUUGGCUGGCUCGCAACCGCUUCAAACGGCAGCUGCGGUACUUACCACCACCGCCUGCACUGUGCACGAGCACUAUGCUGGCAGCUCUCUGAGCCCCGUGACGCUUCCCCUCACGGAGCUCGCCACCUGCUCCAACCGCGGUGUCUGCGACUCGUCGCGCGGCGAGUGCCAAUGCUUCACUGGUCACAAGGGUCUUGCCUGCGACCUUCAAGAAGCGCUGGUCUAAAGCAACACCAAUCCAUUGUUCCGUAAUCAUGUAUAUAUACAUAUACCUUGUAAAUGCUCGGUGCACACGCUGCCUCCGCACGAAGCUGACCCCUCGCCGCGCUCCUCUAAAC